AUGCACCUCGACGACAUCGAUAGGCGUAAUGUCAUCCAACGCGACGCCAGCUUGAGUCGCCCCGACCUCGCCGGAUCAGGUCACCAGCAGAUCACGGCCGCCGCGGCCUCCAACCCUAAAUUCUCCCUAAGCGAACCCCAGGAGGCCGUUGCCAUCAACGCACUCAGCAACAUAAUGCUCGCGUUUGGCGACGGCACAGUCAACAUCAUAACGAACAAGAUGUGGGUCAGGGUGCGGUUUGGCAAGCAAGAGCAUUCCUCCCUGGCCUACAACAAACAGAAAAGAAAACACCUCAUUCGAUCCUCGUUGACUGAGUGUUAA